UUCCGUCUAUAAUUAGCGACCUUGCGACUCCUAACCUUCUUCCCCUUCUCCUCCCCUUCCCCAGCUUCCCCUUCCCCUUUCCCAAUUAUUCCAGCUGCUGGUUCAUCUUCUCCGAAGCCCCUGCCAUACACAAGCACACAAAGCUCCACAUGCAGGUUCAUCACCCCCAUGAAUUAUUGUAAUAAUAGUACUCUUAGAUCGAUCUCGAUUAUUCUUGUUGAGAUGUGUGUGUGGUAGGCAUAUAUAUAGAAGAAGCUAAUGAAGAAGAUUUCAUUUCUUGCCGUUUCUUCAAGCUCCAGAUCAUUUCUGCUAGCUAGAUACAAAUCGUCUACAGUUCCAUAGAUCUCUGCACCUCCACUGAAAUAUUCCUUGUACUUGGUGGUCUUCUCCAUUCUCCUUGCUUCCUCUCCCUUUGAUUCCCAAAGUUCUAAUGGCAUAGGGAACCACGUGUAGGGGUGUAGCUCCAAGCAAGUGCACAGCCCUCUAUAUAUGCUUAGUACAAGCACCAAAUCCGCACCUCAAACCGCUCAACGUGUACGAGCUCUGCCUGCUUGCGCUUUUCUAAUCGCCGCCGCUGCCUCGCUGGUUUGUUGCCUUCCACCUCGCCACCCUCCCCAGCCCCCUACAUGAUGCAGUUCACGCAUACGGCGCCACCACCACCGCCUCUGCACCCUAACGGCCAUGGAGGACUAGGGCUGGGGCUGUUCCUUGACGUCGGCGCGCCGAGGGCGGCACGGCCGUGGCCGGGGAGCUUCCCGACGCCGGCGUCCAAGAUCUCGCUCGGCAACCUCAACAGCACCAGCUGCAUGGAGCAGCUGCUGGUGCACUGCGCCAACGCCAUCGAGGCCAACGACGCCACGCUCACGCAGCAGAUCCUGUGGGUGCUCAACAACAUCGCGCCGCCGGAUGGGGACUCCAACCAGCGGCUCACGGCCGCGUUCCUCUGCGCGCUCGUCGCGCGCGCGUCCAGGACCGGCGCGUGCAAGGCGGUCACCGCGGCCGUGGCGGCCGCGGUCGAGUCGGCGGCGCUGCACGUGCACCGGUUCACGGCCGUCGAGCUCGCCAGCUUCGUCGACCUCACGCCGUGGCACCGCUUCGGGUACACGGCCGCCAACGCCGCCAUCCUCGAGGCCGUCGAGGGCUUCCCCGUCGUGCACGUCGUCGAGCUCGGGACGACGCACUGCAUGCAGAUCCCGACGCUCAUCGACAUGCUCGCCAGCCGCUCCGAGGGCCCCCCGAUCCUCCGGCUCACGGUCGCCGACGUCGCGCCCAGCGCGCCGCCGCCGGCCCUUGACAUGUCCUACGACGAGCUCGGCGCCAAGCUCAUCAAUUUCGCGCGAUCGCGCAACAUGUCCAUGGACUUCCGGGUGGUGACCACCUCGCCGGCCGACGCGUUCACGUCCCUGGUCGACCAGCUCCGGGUGCAGCAGCUGGUCCUGGACGGGACCGAGGCGCUCGUCGUCAACUGCCACAUGCUGCUGCACACCGUCCCGGACGAGACGGCAGGGUCGGUCAGCCUGGCGCAGCCGGUGUCGCUCCGGACCAUGCUCCUCAAGUCCCUCCGGACCCUGGACCCCAACCUGGUGGUGGUGGUGGAGGAGGACGCCGACUUCACGGCGGGCGACGUGGUGGGGAGGCUGCGCGCGGCCUUCAACUUCCUGUGGAUCCCGUACGACGCCGUGGACACGUUCCUGCCCAAGGGGAGCGAGCAGCGGCGGUGGUACGAGGCGGAGAUCGGGUGGAAGGUGGAGAACGUGCUGGCGCAGGAGGGCGUGGACCGGGUGGAGCGGCAGGAGGACAGGGCCAGGUGGGACCAAAGAAUGCGCAGCGCGGGGUUCCGCGCCGUGGCCUUCGGCGAGGAGGCGGCCGGGGAGGUGAAGGCGAUGCUGAACGAGCACGCGGCGGGGUGGGGGAUGAAGCGGGAGGACGACGACCUGGUGCUCACAUGGAAAGGCCACAACGUCGUCUUCGCGUCGGCGUGGGCACCGUCGUGAGUUUAUCGGGUGUGGCGCGCGCAUGAGGUUCGGAAGCUAAGGUGAGUAGUAGCCAGCAUGUAUGUGUGCUUGCAUGGAUAUGGGAUAUUUAGGGUUCGUGUGUUGUUGUGCAUGAUAUGAAAGAUCUUGGUAAGAUGGGUUUAAUUAUUUACUAGCUGAUUGAUUACUUACUAGUUGAAUGACCAGUUACGUUUGAUCACUGAAAUUACAAUCUCUAUCUCCCUCUCUCCCUCCCUCUCUCUCUAACAUUCAUAUCAUCUGUACUUCUUGUUUAGGUCAUUUCUAUAUGUGUGCCAUAUCUAGUGAAAAAAAUGAAUUAGUAUGAGUAGUUGAAAACUUGGAAUUGUUGUGGCAUCAGCCGUUUAUAUUUGUUGGAAACGGUGCUUGGAAAUAUUCGAAGCAACAUAUAUAGGCACAUUUAUUGCAGCGAUCAACAUAAUGUUGCUGCAACGCCAUUCAAAUUCUGUGUAAGACUGGCAAACACAUCUUUGCUAGUACUCCCUCCAUUUUUAUCUAUAGACAAGUACAGCAACAACUAUGAUAUCCAACAUAUACACUGUAUCAACAUAUACUUCAUGAUGGAUUGAAUGAAAUAAGUUUGGUAUUAUAAAUAUUAUUAUUUUUUCUAGAAGUUUGAUCAAAGUUUGCCAAGUUUGAUUUAGGAAAAGCCUAAUACGACAUGUAAAUAAAAAUAGAGGAAGUACGUUAUAAUUAAACACACGCAAGAAAUUUCCAAGCUCUUAACAUUUAAUUCAUUUUCACUAGGUACAUGCCCCUAUCUAUAGGAUGUCAGAAUACGAAACACAGAUACAUGUACAUGGUCCCAUGGCUCAUAUCCAUCAAACGAACGCAAUGGCAUAUCAACACAAAUACAUGGACUUGCAACUUGCAAUAGCUAAAACAUUUAUCUUAUCACGAUUAACUUGUGUAUUGAUGCAUACAAUGCACCCUCCUUUUGACUACCCGCUUUGCAUCUUUUGGCAUACAGUAACUUGGACACUUAAUUAGAAUAUCAAUGAUCGUCAAUUAACUUUGCCAUUCUUUUUUUAGCUAGCUAGCUAGCACUGAUCAACUUGCAUGUAAAUGGUAAAAUCAUUGGUUCUAUCGAAGGGUAAAAUCAUUGGUUCAAUCGUAUAGAUGGGCCUAUUGUUGGAACUUUUUAUACAAAGGAAUAUUUUUUGUUUCACAUUUGAAGGAGCCAUGCACAACCAGUAAUUUCUGAAAAAAAAGAGGAAACACCAGCAAACGAAAAGAAAAAGGCUGGUGAUAUUUGAAGCCAAAUGACAUAAGAUGUAGACAAAUUAAACUCUUAUUGCCGGUAUUACUUCAGAUAAAUGCUUGAAAAUGGGAUCUCAUUAAGUCAUAUCUGAUCUUGACUAGACUUUGCUCUAAUAUAUAGUUUCAUGCAUGUAACUCAUGAAACCAACACUUUGUUUUUCCUAGAACGUGCUAUGCACUCAUGAAACCAACUCAAAUUUGGUAAAUCCAUGAUAAUCUUAGCCUCCAACUCUUCUGAUCGAAGCCUUGGGUUCUAGAUUGGCUAUGUGAGAAGCCAUAUAUGUUCGAGCAUGAUAAGUUGGGUCCAGUCUCCAGACUCCAGAUCGAGUUUGAGAGGAGGACCCUGUAUAAAAAAUAAGAGAGGAGGCGGAUAUCAAGAGCAGAGAGAAAAUGGCAAGUAUUUAUUUCUUCAAAGAGGCUUUUAUAUCGUUUGAGCAGGAGGGUAAAUGUGGCAGGAAAAUGCAUACCAGUUCGAAAUCGCAGACUUAUAUAUACUACCACCCACAACUUUCUCUGCAGUCCCUUGCGUGGUUUAAUAUAAUUCAUGUUUGCUAGUUUUGCUACAAUAUUCACCGCCAAACUUAUUUCCCGGUCUGGGGGCCUUUUUUUAGAUAAUGGAAAAGUUUCGGCUUCGAACUCCUCUGGAGAGAGACAUUAGUCCGAGAUUUAUUACAAUCACAUACUUGAAGUUUAAACAACAUGGUGUUUAAAAUUAAAGACCAAUACACAAAAUGAAGGGCCAUCCAUGAGAUGUGAAAGAACUGUAAAGCUAAAGACUCUGGAAGCUGGCAUGCUUCAACUAGCUGCUUAUUUUAGUCAUCAUUCAUCAAUGUGUUGCAACAGAGCCCACGAUCAGAGCCAGUGUGUCCUCCUGAAAAGCACUUGCAAAAAUAUUUUUGGUCUACAAUUAUUAAACAGCAUCAUUCCUUGCGAACCAAGUUGACCAGCAUAUAGCUGUGGCUCCCGUCAAUAUCAUUAUAUUGUACUUGUUCCCUCUCUGCUUAGACCAGUUAUUAAAUAAAUGUUCUAUAUUUACUGGUGGCAGUAUACCUAGCACAAAAUGUUCUGGGGACUUUGCUGGCCAUGUAUAAGGGAAACGAGAGGAAGAUAAACCAUUUGUUUGUUGUAUUUUUUAACCAAGAAGACGAGCCUAUUAAUUUAUUUCCACAUAUAGUUAGCAUCAUCUCAAAGAUACACAGUUGCAGAAACUUGCUCAUAAUCCAUUUAUAGUACAUGUAACUAGCUAGACCAAAUUUCUCCCCUCUUUAUUUAGAGGCACACACAUGUAUAUCAAGAUUGGAACUUCUUUUUUUUUUUGGCCAACAAACUAGUCUAGAAAUUUUUAGAUUAUAUGGAGAUGUUUUAUUUUGAUGUGGUCAUGCUUUUGGUAGUCACGUGAAUCUUUUUUUUUCUUGCCGCGAAGGCACGUGAACAAAUUUUCUUGAUGCGUUGGUGCCUGAACUGAACGGGAGCAUACUGUGUGCACCUGUGCAGACAGCAGUAAAGCACAUCCCUAGCGUGCGUGCUUCUUUCCCUGAUCAGGAAGCAACACUUUUCAGGGGAGCUGCUGGGCUUGGUCGGCCCGUGGUCUUACGGCCUUUCCUAAUUAGGCCUUGAGCUUGUUGUGGUGAGGUGAGAUGGCGCGAAUGGGCGGGCCACACUGUUAAAUGGGCCGUCGUGACCAUCCGCUAGUGGCCUGCGGACGUCUGUGCGAGCACUACAAUGAUACAAUCAGACUGUUAAAUGCUGCCGGAUGUAGCAGAAUUUACUCAGGCUGAAGUUAGAAAAGCUUCCAGCCAUAGCUAGCUCUUCAGUCAUAUAGAAGAAGAAGUUCAGAAACUAGAGCAAUGAUGCCCCGCAUGCUCGCAGAUUGUUAAAUGCAAGUUUUGUAGUCACUAUGCACUUUACACUGAAGCUUCUGAAUUUGUGUGGCUUACGAGUUGUGUACUAGCCUACUAGGCAAGGGUGGUGGUCGAUUUAUGUAUGCAUCUCAGUAUUUGUGUUCAUUGACUGCUUUUGACUGUAUGCGUGUUUGGAGUGUUACAUCUCUUAGUCGAAUGUUCGCAUGAUCUUCUAACUCAGGAUGGUCGUGCGACCUGUAACCUUGCAAUGCCAUCCAGGUAUUGCAAGUCUAUCUCAUACUCGAGGUUCAGAUAUUGCCGGGGUUCAGAUGAUACUCGAGGGAGUUUCAGGUUAGUUCCGAGUUGCUAGCUCAUACUGCUGAGUGCUGACCAACAUGAUGUAGGGGAUUUUUUCCUUUAUUCAUCCAUGCUGUUGAUGCAGAACUGCUGCAGAUCAUUUGGUUCCCAUAUAAUUUCACCAGAUCCCUGAAAAAUGCCCUGCACUCCAUGCCCAAGCUAUAACACAUUUAUCUUUUCAUUGUUCAUGAGCGAGGAGAUGGCACGAGCUUGAACAGUCAGUCUCAGGAAACAGUUGAGGUUAAUAGAAGUAAAAAUUCAAUUGCAAGAAAAAGGAAAGACCAUGUACACCAAUGCUUGUUUCAGCGUCAUGACAAACUUGUACCUCGACGAUUUUGGUGACGUGAAUUAAUUGAACAAUACCAGAUUUACAGUGUCCACUGUGAAGCUCCUGUGGGAAAUGUCUAUUCGAUCACAAAAUGAAUUUGGACCUAACAAAAUGUUCUUUGAACAGAAUCAAACAUGAAAAAACGUCAGGAAAAUUGAUCUGAAGACUGAAUUGAGAGAUUGAAGCAGUACUGACUAGCAUAAAAUCGAAGACAUCUCAUACUCUUAGCACGAUUUCUGCAACAUCCCAAAUCGAAGAGAAAUCAUUAGUACACACUGAAAAGCUGAACAGGAAAAUUUCAAACCGAACAAAAAUUGUUCAGAGCAUAGUUCUCCUGACCAAAUCAUUGACACACUCUCAUACGGAACCCGCCACCGGCCUCGUCAAACCCUAGCCCCAGAGGGAGGGAGGGAGAGUCUCUUGCUUUUGGCUGUGGAGCCAUAGAGGAGCUUCGACUCCGUUGAGUUCAGAUCCUCGAUAGCGAGUGGACCUAAAAACAGAGGGCUAAACUAUACAUGGAGAUAAACACAAAAUGUACAUCCAACCUGUACUUAAAUGAGAUUGGAGGUUUUAUUCAGGGGGCUACACGCAAAAGUAUCGGACAUAGGUUGGCCGCACGGAUCGUGUCCCUCGGCCCUUGAUCCGACGUCUGUCGUGGCCGGCAACGCGGUGCCAUUCUUACAGGGGUCGCCGGGCAGCAUUACAAUUGAUCGCACGCCGUUCUCCAGAUCUAGGGUUGCUUACACUGCUCUACUGGUCUCUCCGUCUCCCUCACCCAUGGCUUCGGCGGCGGCGACCCAACAGGUGGGAACGUACUUCCUACGGAACUAUUACAACCUGCUGCAGCAGAACCCCGAUGUAGUGCACCAGUUCUACAGCGAAGCCAGCACCAUGGUCCGCGUCGACGACCUCGCCGGCACGAACACCACUGUCAGCAGCAUGAUGGACAUACACUCACUCAUUAUGUCCUUGAAUUUCACCCAAAUCGAGAUCAAGACAGCAAACUUUAUCAACUCAUGGGGUGAUGGUGUGCUAGUUAUGGUCUCUGGCCUUGUGCAGACCAAGGAGUACAGCCACCAAAGAAAAUUUAUCCAGAUGUUCUUCCUUGCUCCACAGGAGAAGGGUUACUUUGUCCUCAACGAUUACUUUCACUUCGUCGACCAAGAACAGGUGCAGCCUGCACAACUGAUUUCUCAUGAUGACUACGAGAACAAUUUGGCCUCUAACGCAGCUGUCGAAACUGUUCCAGAGUACAUUCAUGAGGAAGAAACUCAAACAGCACAAAUAACAUCUGAAGGACAUGAUGUGGUCGAGAAUUAUGCUUAUUCUGAGCCACCACAGCAAGUGGUGGUGCCAUCUGACAACUGGGGGGAGGAACCUCUUCCUGAAGAACCGCCUUCUUCCUUCUCAAAUGAAAUUGCAGCGGCACCAGAGGAGCCAGUGCAACCUCCUCCUGUGCCACCUCAUGUGGAGGAGCCUGUUGGUGAACCAGUGAAGAAGACUUAUGCUUCCAUUCUAAAAACGGCAAAGGCUCCACCUGCAUUCCCGGUAGCCCAGCAAGUCCCUGUGAGUAAGCCUUCUCACCCUACAACAGAGUUGAACCAGGCCCAGCAUUCAGUUAUGGCUUCAUCAACAGCAGCCGAGAAACCGAGAUCUGAUGUCUACGGUGAAGUUGCGGCCCAUGACGAUGAAGAGAGCAAGUCUGUUUAUGUUGGGAAUGUGCCAUCAUCUGUAAGUGAGGCUGAUCUUGAAAACGAGUUCAAAAAGUUUGGGCGGCUUAUUCCUGACGGUGUUGCUAUCAGAAGCCGAAAGGAGACUGGUGGCUAUUACGCUUUUGUGGAAUUUGAGGAGCUAAGUGGUGUGCACAAUGCGUUAAAGGCUUCACCAAUCGAAAUAAAUGGGCGGCAGAUAUAUGUUGAGGAGAGGAAGCCUAACAGCGGAAUAAGAGGUGGAAGGAGGGGCGGAAGAGGCCGUUUCGGCGGUGGAGGUCGGGGAUAUGCCAGAGGUGGAGGUGAUGAGUACAAUGGUGGCAACCGGGGGAGGUCGAACGGUUAUGGGCGUGUUCCUCACCAAGAGAGGGGCAUCCUUGGGAGCCAUGCUCAAAGGAACUGAUAUGGUGCAGCAAAGAGCAAGCAUAAGGUUUUGAUCUGUCGUCAGAGGGAGAGAGAUCCUGAACAAAGCAGCCUAUAUGCUGCUAGGUUGCAUUUGGGAUUUUGGGGCCUGUUUUGUCGAUGAAUGUGUGUGUGUGUCGACCUAUGCGACAUCCAACUUUUGCUAGACUGAUGUUGCCUGUUGUUAUUAAGAGCUGUUCUGUUAUCCUGGUUGUUAUUGUUGCUUUCGCGUGACUGUAGAGAUGGUGUUUUGGUAUGCCUGUGGUAUUGUGGAACUCGAACGCAAAUCCUGUGUAGAUGCUUUGAUCUAGUGAUUUGAAGGAAUACUUGGUAUCUCUGGUACCGGGUACUGACA